AUCAAAACACAGAUCUCGGCCACGUCCAAUGUGCUUUCUUUGACCACGGAAAGACUAAGAGAUCGCUAUUAUCCUUAUCCGCCCUAGCCCCUUUCCGGAGACUCGUCCAGCAAUGACUUCUCCUGAUGCUGGUGGUCGCGGCGGGAAGCUGGAGCUCCUUGCUUGCAUAGCACUGGUCAUCGUUCUCUUGAAGUUCUUCCUCGCUGAUUGGCUCUUCUAUCUCCUUCUCCUCCUCGGUGUCAUCAAGUUGUUCAAGGAAAGGCCGGCCCCGGACCUCCAUGAGGACCGGAAACCGAACCCCACUCACGGGCCAGCGGAAGCAAUGUCGGAGUCGGACCGGGUGUCACUGCCUCCGGGAUGCAAGUACGAAGUCUUCCUGAGCUUCAGAGGACCAGACACCCGCCAGGGAUUCACAGAUAUCCUUUACCAUGCUCUUGUAGAUGCGGGGAUUCAUGUUUUCAGAGACAACGAGGAGAUCCGUAAAGGCGAGUAUAUCGGCGAUGAGAUCCUGAGAGCCAUCGAGGAGUCCGGGAUCUUCGUGCCCAUCUUCUCCAGGACCUAUGCUAGCAGUAAGUGGUGCCUCAUUGAGCUCGCGAAGAUGGUGGAGUCCAAGGAGAAAUCGAGCAGCAGUAAAAAGAUCCUGCCCAUUUUCUAUGACGUGGGCGUCGAUGACGUCAAGCUCAAGACAAAGUUGUACACUGGAGCUCUGUUGAUACACAGGAAGAAGUUCAGUACGGACAUAGUGCACCAGUGGGAGAAGGCUCUUAGAGAUGCCGGAAAAAUCAAGGGAUGGGAACUGAAGGAUAAAGGUUAUGCAGAAUUUGCCAAGGAAUUUGCCAGGAAGGUUUCGAUGGAGUUGAAAGCGAAACAAAAAUAUGUGACUGAGAGCCUAGUUGAGAGGAUUGAUCAGCAAGAUGCUCUUAUAAGCUUGUUGGAUCUAAAGUCCUCUCAUGAUGUUCGGUUAGUCUGGAUACAUGGAAUGGGGGGUAUCGGCAAGACAACACUUGCCAAGGUUGUUUUCAACCGACUCUGUGAUCACUUCGACGGCUGCUGCUUCCUUCUAGAUGUGCGAGAAACAACCGAGCGCAAAGGUAUUGACCACUUGCAGAGACAACUCUUGCAAGAUCUUGGUGUUAAAGCAGCAGACAUCAGUAUCACUGACGAGAGCGAUGGGAUCAAGAUAAUCAGCAAAAAGUUGCAGAACAGGAAAGUACUAGUUGUUCUCGAUGAUGUAUACGACCAGGAGCAAAUCGGGAAAUUAGCAGGAGAGGCUGGUUGGUUUAGAGAGGGAAGCAGGAUAAUCAUCACCUCCCGGAAUAAAAAUGUUCCUGUGUUUGAAGGAGGAAGAGUUGAGAUAUUCGAAGCAGAGCCGAUGAAAUUUGAAGAAUCUCUCCUCCUUUUCAGCAGGCAUGCCUUUGGGAAGGAGAAUCCAGCAGAAGAUUUCCACGGCCUUUCAGAGGAAGCUGUCAGUAUUACGGGAGGGCUUCCCUUGGCUCUUGAAGUAGUAGGUUCAAAACUUCGAACAAGUGAUCGUGGCCAUUGGAAUCAUAUAAUAGGUACCUUACAGAAAAUACCGGAAAAGAAGGUCGAAGACAGGCUUAAGAUAUGUUAUGAUGCUUUACGCUUGGAAGUGAAGGAGAUAUUCCUUGAUAUCGCAUGUUUUUUCAUUAAUGAGAAGAAAACAAAAGCGAUUUACAUGUGGCAAGCCUGUGAUUUUGAACCAGAGUUGGCAGUGCAAGAGCUUGUCGAUGCGUCCCUAGUAAAGCUCACAAAUGAGAACAAGUUCUGGAUGCAUGAUCAGCUGCGGGACCUUGGAAGAAAACUCAUUCGUGAUGAAAGGUUAAAGCACCACGGAAAGCCUUGCAGUAGAAUAUGGAUGCAUGAGGAUGCUCUGAAAGUGCUGCAGGAUGAAGCGGGCAGAGAAAAUGUUGAGAUGCUUAGUCUUUUUUCUUGGACCUCGGAAGAUUGCGUCCUUACAAAGCACGAAUUGAAGAAUUUCAAUAAUCUGAGAUUUCUCAGUCUCAUAAGAUCGAAAUUUUCGGGAGAUCUAGAGCAUGUCCUCCCCAAGUUGAUAUGGCUUUCUUGGCAUUUUUGUCCUGGUGAAUUUCAGGGAACUAAUCUGCAUUUGAAGAAUCUAGUCGUGCUUGACCUCUCAGAAAGUUCCGUAAGCGAAACUUGGGCUGGAUGGCGCCAUAUCGGGAUGUGCAAGGAGUUGAAAGUUCUAUACCUCAAGAGGUGCUACCACUUGACCAAAACGCCCGACCUAUCGAUGUGCACAAAGUUGGAGAGACUAAUACUCAAAGGUUGCAUUAACCUAGUUGAAAUAGACCAUUCCGUAGGAAAGUUGAAAUGCCUAAAGUAUCUGAACGCCAGUGGCUGUAUUCAUCUCAGAGAAAUUCCGAGAGAAGUAUGCUGUUUGGAUGGCCUCGUCGAUAUUGUCAUGAUAAUGGAACAGAGCUUCAACUGCAGUUACAAGCUUCCGAACUCCAUCGGGAGACUCGAGAGACUUCAGCGCCUGUCUGUGAGUUUGGGAAGGAGUAGACCUCCAAGCUCACUUGGAGAUCUAAAAUCAUUGACUAUGCUGGUCCUGUCACGGUCGGAGAUGGCUGAACUACCUGAGUCCAUUGGAGGACUUGUGAAACUUGAAUUUCUGUCCUUAUUCUUCUGCAAAGAAAUAACGAAACUCCCAAAUUCGAUUGGCGGUCUGAAAUCGCUGGUUGAGUUGAAUAUUUCAAUGUCAGGAAUCGUGCAACUGCCCGAUGUGGUUGGGAAUUUGCAGAAACUGAAAGUGAUUGAUAUGAGAGGUUGCGAUAUUAGGAGGUUGCCUGAUUUCCUGGGGAAUUUGGAGAAGCUGGAAAGGUUGGAUGUCUUCGAUUGCAAGUAUUUGCAAGUUAUACCAUCAGCAAUUAAGGGGCUCACUUCCCCGCUAAAAGUCCCAUCCUCAGCCUGGGAGAAGAGUUGUGAAAGUUAUUGGAAACAGCGGUUAAGGUUGCGGAGAUGGAGGGGAGCUGCAUUAACUUUAAAUGCCUCUCGUCGAUUCAGAUACACUCUCGACUUGAAGGAAGAGGAAGAGAAGAACAGACUUUGAGUAAGAUUAGGGCUCAUGCUCAGGCCAUUGGAGCUGCACAUCUCUUCAAAAUGUCAAAGGACUAACUAAUGGUACUACUCUACUCCCAUAUUUUUGAGUUUGUGCUCAAUCAUGAAAUGAAAGAUAUAUAUAUAUAUAUAUUUGAUAAGUUAAAUAAAUGAUAUUAACUAUCAUUUUUUGGUAGUUUAUUUAAUUUAAUUGCUGUUAUUUGGAACUGCUGACAAUCGUAGGUGAAACUUAACAAACGUGUUUGUGAUUUGUCAUCGUCUCUAGUUGUUUCUCUGUACUUUCACUCUCUCUCUGUGUUAUACCUGAUCUGCAUCGAAGCAACCCCGAUUCCCAUCCCACCCUUCAGCUAUCUGCUUGUGAGGUUUCAUAAUAACUGAAAGUGAGAAAUCCGCCGCAGAGAAGGUCCAAAUCUGAGAAAAUGCCACCAAGAACCCCGGCGCAGUCCUCAGCUUUCUCAAAUCUUACUGCUUCGAUGGCACCCACCUGGCCUCUUUGAUCUCCCGCCACUGCGAGUUCCUCCUCUGCCAGCCACACACCACCUUAGUCUAGGAUGUUGAGGUCUUAAUCUAACUAUAUGAAUGUUUAAUCUCUUGCGGGAUGAUGCUUUAACAUUUUGUUACGUCAGGAGAAGGACCAGACAGAGCAUUGCUGGCGGGCCGGGUCCCCAUCAGUGUUUGGGUGGCGAAACUCGAACUCAGCAAACAAGUGCUGGUUCUCAAAAGUAAGAAGAUAAAAGUGUGAUUGUAGUAACAGCACAAGGGAGCUAUGGAACUGCUGACAAUGGAAGGUGAAACUUAACAAACGUGUUUGUUAAGUGUACUUGCUAAUCUGUUCUUGUUCUAUAUCUUCUUUGUGAUUUGUCAUCAUCUCUAGCUGUUCUCUGUACUUUCACUCUCUCUGUGUGUUAUACCUGAUCUGCAUCGAAGCAACCCCGAUUCCCUUUC